AUGCGCUUCACCAAGCCAUCGUGGCUGAUUCAUGGCGGAGAGAAGAAAGACCAUGAAGUCUACAGUUGUCAUGUCUCUCCCGAUGGGACACGAUUGGCGACAGCGGCCGGCGAUGGGCACGUACGAAUAUGGUCGACGGACGCCAUCCUGAACGCAUCCGAUCCAUCCUACACCAAGCCUCGACAGCUGGCUUCCCUCUCCUACCACUCUGGGACUGUGCACUCGGUGCGCUUCAGUCCAAAUGGCAAAUAUCUCGCAUCCGGCGCGGACGACAAAAUAGUAUGUGUCUACACACUGGAUCCCGGAGCGCCGCAGCAUGCCACGUUUGGCAGUAAGGAAGCUCCACCAGCAGAGAAUUGGCGCAUUUUCCGGAGGUUGAUCGGACACGACAACGAUGUGCAAGAUUUGGGCUGGAGCUGCGAUAGCUCCAUUUUGGUAUCGGUGGGACUGGAUAGCAAGGUCGUGGUGUGGUCAGGGACAACGUUCGAAAAACUUAAGACGCUUGGACAGCACCAGUCGCACGUCAAAGGCAUAACAUUUGACCCUGCGAACAAGUACUUUGCAACUGCGAGCGAUGAUCGCAGUAUCAAGAUCUACCGGUUCACCUCUCCGCCGCCAAAUGCAACCGCCUACGAUCAGUCGAGCAAUUUCACACUGGAGACGACAGUGACAGCGCCCUUCAGUGCAUCACCAUUGACGACCUACUUUCGUCGCUGCUCGUGGAGUCCAGAGGGUGCGCACAUCGCGGCCGCGAACGCUGUUAAUGGUCCGGUGAGCUCCGUGGCUAUCAUUAACAGAGGUAGCUGGGACAGCGAGAUCAAUCUCAUCGGACACGAAGGACCCGUGGAAGUCUGCGCAUUUUCACCAAGACUGUUCUGCCGAGAACCUCCCCCUCCACUGCCAUAUCCUAAGGACUACGUCUCGCCUGGAGCAGUCACUGUCAUUGCAUGCGCUGGGCAAGACAAGACAUUAAGUGUAUGGAACACUAGUUUCCCGCGGCCGUUUGUUACCACGACUGAGCUGAGCCACAAGUCGAUCACCGAUUUGGCAUGGGGUCCUGAUGGCGAGACUUUGUACCUGACUUCUCUGGACGGCAUGAUCGCAGCACUUGUGUUCGAAAAGGGGGAGCUAGGAUACCCGGCACCCAGCGGCGACUAUGACAAAGCGCUAGCGAAAUAUGGUGCAGGAAGAAGAGUUGGUAUUGUCGAAAAUACAGACGCUCUGCGUCUAGAGGAAGGUAGUAAGGCUGGUGAGCUGAAGGGCGUGGAAGGGCGCAUGGGAGAGCUGAUGGGUGACGCUCAAGCACACGCUGGGACACUUGUCAAUGGCGAUACUCAGAUGAAAGACAGCGUUGACGGAGGAGUGACCAAUGGCGUGGUCUCGGAGGAAGGCGCGAAUGGUACCACACCUGCAUCAGCUCCUCCAAAAGAUCCACAAGUCGAGAGGGUUGACAAACUCAAGCAACGGGUCACCAUUACCAAAGAUGGAAAGAAGCGUGUCGCGCCACUACUGCUUUCAUCCUCAAAUCAAGGAGAAGCGAAUUUGCCUCGUCCGCAAAUGCAAGCGGCCGUCAGACAAGGCGCUGUGAACGAUGAGCCAGCGAAGAUCCUGGAUCUCAGCAAACCAUAUGACGGACUUCCGAAGGGCGGGCUCGCCAGUCUCUUGAUGGGCAACAAGCGGAAGUACGCAGAGAUGACCGACGCCGAUGGUGAGGAGAGGGCACACGAAAAGCGUGUCCACGCAGUGCAACAGAACGGCGCCACACCAAUCAUGCACAAUACCGACGCUGGUCUAGCACCUGCUACAGCCGCCACGGCUGCCAAACGCCCGGCCGAAAUUCCUGAUGUCUUGAGACCAGCCAUUGUCAAUCCUAGCAUGACAGUCAGCCAGGUGAGGCUGGCAGUGCCCAUGGUGCGCGGUGUCAUCACACGACCACUCGAUCCCAACAAGAACCCCGCGGACGGCGCCGAACCGCAAACGAAUGCUAACGAUGAAGACGACUCAGCUCUUGUUUUCGAAGCACGCAAUGCCAUGGGACCAUCUCGAACGGGACGACCACAGGACCGGGAGCCGACACGAAUUACAUUAUCAAAACGAGGCCAGACGCUAUGGCAGGAUUUCAUUCCCAGAGCUGUAUUACUUGUGACGGGAAAUCGAAAUUUCUGGGCUGCAUCUUGUGAGGACGGAUCGCUUCAUCUGUGGACUCCAGCCGGUCGAAGACUUCUGAAUCCUCUCAUAUUGGAAGCUCAACCCGUCAUACUUGACAGUCGAGGUUGGUGGCUCUCAGCAAUAACGGCUGUUGGCCAGUGCUAUAUUUGGAACAUCAAAAACAGAGCAGUCGCUCACCCACCCUUCCAUAUUGCGCCUGUACUGGACAUUUCCUCGCAAACACAGCAGGGACACCUGACAGCAGGCCCUAGCCUCAUGUUUGCCCGCCUGAACAGCCAAGGCCGACUUGUCGUUGCGAUGAGUAACGGUGAUGGCUUCUCGUACAACCCCGAUAUGCUUACCUGGCAGCGAUUGAGCGAAGCCUGGUGGGCGGUUGGCUCGCAGUAUUGGAAUACGACCGAUACCAGCGUCUCGGCAGUGGCCAGCGCUGCUAAGCAAGGAGCUGGGUCCAAAUCCACCGAUGGUCCUUCAUUCCUAGACGAAAUCAACCCUGAGAACAUCUCGGCCGGCAUCAUCCCACUUCUCGAACGGAACACUACUUCACAAGCUCUGGUAAAGGGUCGCGCAUUCUUCCUUCAACGCCUCGUCAAACAGCUCCUCUCUGCUGAGGGCUUCGAGGGCUUCGAAUCAGCCGUCUCAGUAGCACAUCUUGAGAACCGGCUGGCGGCUGCUCAGACACUCGCAUCAAAGGAUGAAUUCCGUGUAUAUCUCAUCGUGUAUGCAAAACGCAUUGGCGCUGAAAGUCUGCGAGGGAAAGUCGAAGAACUGCUCAGAGGCCUAGUGGGCCGAGUCUUUGAGGAUGGCGAUGCUGAUGCAGGGGUUGAGUGGAGUGGAAAGGAUGAGAACGAUGAGGAGAUUGUUGGCUGGAAGCGAAUCGAGUUACUUCGAGAAGUCGUCAUGGUCUUGGGCAAGCACCGAGACUUGCAACGACUCACCGUACCAUAUGCGCGAUAUCUUGAAGUACUGGAUGCGGCAAAAGGCGUCAAUGGGGAUGAGGCCAUGAUCACGGAUGGGUAA